AUGUGGAAGAACAGACAGGUUCAGCUGUGCCUUUUUUCAGUUCUUCUUGCCUUGCUAACUUCUGCUUCCUCGGUCAAUGGAGACUCGAAGUAUAUGGUGCUGGUCCCUUCUCAGCUCUACACUGACACCCCUGAGAAAAUCUGCCUCCAUCUAUACCAUCUGAAUGAGACUGUGACCGUCACAGCUUCCUUGAUAUCUCAGUGGGGAAGGAGAAAGCUGUUCGAUGAGCUUGUGGUUGACAAGGACUUGUUCCAAUGUGUUUCCUUCAUUAUCCAUAGAUUCUCCUCUUCUGAUGAGGAGGAGUUUCUCUACGUCGACAUCAAAGGGCCAACACAUACAUUCAGCAAAAGGAAUGCAGUACUUGUGAAGAACAAAGAAAGUGUUGUCUUUGUCCAGACAGAUAAGCCUGUGUACAAGCCAGGACAGUCAGUGCUUCCCAGAUUUGAUGUUGACCUGAAGGUUCCAAAUGCCAUCUCUGUGCAUGAUGAUACGCUCAGUGUGGAUAUAUGUGCAAAAUAUACCUAUGGGAAACCGGUCCCGGGACAUGUGAAGAUAAGCAUAUGCCAUGAGACUGGGACUGGAUGCAAAGAAGUCAAAUCACAGCUAGACAACAAUGGCUGCAGCACACAAGAAGUGAACAUCACUGAGCUCCAGUCAAAGAAAAGAGAUCACAGGAUCCAACUUUUUCAUGUGAAUGCAACUGUUACAGAAGAAGGGACAGGAUUGGAGUUCAGUGGAUCUGGAACAACUAAAAUUGAAAGAACCUCAAACAAGCUCAUAUUUCUGAAGGCAGAUUCACACUUCAGACACGGGAUUCCGUUCUUUGUGAAAGUCCUCCUACUGGAUAUCAAGGGAGCUCCUAUCCCAAAUGAGCAGGUCUUCAUCAAAGCAGAAGAAACUAGCUACACCAAUGGUACUACCACUGAUCAGCAUGGCGUGGCAAAGUUCUCCAUAGAUACUGCCAACAUCUCAGGCUAUUCCCUCCAUAUCAAAGUAAACUUUGAAGUUGAAAAGUGUCUUCGCAAUAAAGUGGACCUGAGCUUCAGCUCCUCUCAGAGUCUACCUGCCUCACAAACCACUCUGCGGGUCACAGCUUCUCCUCAGUCCCUCUGUGGCCUGAGAGCUGUGGACCAAAGCGUGCUGCUCCUGAAGCCAGAGGCUGAGCUCUCCCCUUCCUGGAUAUACAAUCUGCCAAGUAUGCAACACAACAACUUCAUUCCAAGUUCCCAGGGAUCUGAAGACCAAGAAGAUUGUAUAUUAUACAGAUCAUGGGUCACUGAUGAGCACACAUACUCAGUACCAUACGGAAAAGAGAAGGACGUCUACAGAUAUGUGGAGCCACUGAUCUUAGGGCACUUUAGAUAUGCACAGAACAGGGAUGAUCAUCUACCUGUUUGUUUUGCUUAUUCAGAUGCUGAGGUAUCUGAAAAAUUGUCUCUGGUGCUCCCACCAACAGUAGUGAAUGAUUCAGCCAGAGCCCAUUUCUCUGUGAUGGGUGAUAUCUUGAGUUCAGCCAUAAAAAACACACAAAAUCUUCUCCAUAUGCCCUAUGGCUGUGGGGAGCAGAACAUGGUCCUUUUUGCUCCCAACAUCUACGUACUGAAAUAUCUGAAUGAAACCCAACAGCUGACUCAGAAGAUCAAGUCUAAGGCCCUUGGCUUCCUCAGAGCUGGUUAUCAAAGAGAGCUGAACUACAAACACAAGGAUGGCUCCUACAGCGCCUUCGGGGAUAAGUAUGACGAGAGCCAAGGAAACACUUGGCUCACAGCCUUUGUGCUCAAGUCUUUUGCCCAAGCCCGAGCCUUCAUCUUCAUCGAUGAAUCACACAUCACUCACGCCUUCACCUGGCUCUCCCAGCAGCAGAAGGACAAUGGCUGCUUCCGGAGCUCUGGAUCAUUGUUCAACAACGCCAUGAAGGGGGGAGUAGAUGAUGAAGUGACCCUCUCUGCCUACAUAACCAUGGCCCUUCUGGAAAGUUCAUUCCCAGCCACGCACCCUGUUGUCUCCAAAGCCCUGAGCUGCCUAGAGUCGUCCUGGAAGACCAUAGAGCAAGGAGGAAAUGGCAGCUUUGUGUACACCAAGGCACUGAUGGCCUAUGCUUUCGCUCUGGCGGGGAACCAGGAUAGGAGAAAUGAAAUCCUGAAGUCACUUGAUGAGGAAGCUAUAAAAGAAGACAACUCCAUCCAUUGGGAAAGGCCUCAGAAACCCAGGAAAUCUGAGCAUCAUUUGUACAAACCUCAGGCUUCCUCUGCUGAAGUAGAGAUGAAUGCCUAUGUGGUCCUGGCUCGCCUCACUGCCCAGCCAGCCCCAACCCCUGAGGACCUGACUUUGUCAAGAAGCACCAUCAAGUGGCUAACAAAGCAGCAGAAUUCCAAUGGCGGCUUCUCCUCCACACAGGACACUGUGGUGGCCCUUGAUGCUCUGUCCAAAUAUGGAGCAAUUACUUUUUCCAGAAGCCAGAAAUCUCCUUUGGUGACCAUCCAGUCUUCAGGGUCAUUUUCCCAAAAGUUCCAAGUAGAGAACAGUAAUCGCCUGUUACUGCAGCAGGUCCAAUUACCAGACAUUCCUGGGGAGUAUACCAUCAGUAUGUCGGGGGAAGGAUGUGUCUAUGCUCAGACUACACUAAGAUACAACAUUCACUUGGAGAAGCAGCAGUCUGCAUUUGCUCUACGGGUACAGACAGUACCUCUAACUUGUGAUAACCCCAAUGGCCACAACAGCUUCCAGAUCUCACUAGAAAUCAGGUACACAGGGACCCGUUCAGCCUCCAACAUGGUGAUUGUUGAUGUGAAGAUGGUAUCUGGUUUCAUCCCAUUGAAACCAACAGUGAAAAAGCUGGAAAGAUUAGAGCACAUAAGCAGAACAGAAGUGAGCAACAACAAUGUCUUAUUAUAUUUGGAUCAGGUGACCAAUCAUACACUGGCCUUCUCCUUCAUCACUCAACAAGACAUCCCAGUAAGGAACCUGCAGCCUGCCAUCGUGAAAGUCUAUGACUACUAUGAGACAGAUGAAGUGGCUUUUGCUGAGUACAGCAGCCCCUGCAGCUCAGAUGAACAAAAUGUUUGAAACCCCAAUCUGUGGAGAAGGCAUUGCUGGAAUCCCCAGACCUGGGAACCUUCAAGAUGGUGAUUUACGUUUGUCUCUGCAAUACAAAUACUGAACAAGCUUUGUAAAUAAAUGCCUAGUUCUUGAGA